AGAGGGAGAGAGAGAGAGAGAGAGAGAGAGAGAGAGAGAGAGAGAGAGAGAGAGAGAGAGAGAGAGAGAGAGAGAGAGAGAGAGAGAGAGAGAGAGAGAGAGAGAGGUGGUUUUUGGGCCACAUGGCUUGGUUGUCAGUGAGAGUGUGUACUGCAACAGACAGACAGAGAGACAAAGUGUGGUCGUUGACCUAAGGACUUCAAACUUGACCAUCGGAAGACAGACAAGGUGACUGGACCGGAUUAUAUUGGAUCAUUACAUGAUAUUACAUACUGGGAUUAUGACAAAAUGACGAUAACCCAGAGGUAAGUCACAGAUGAGAGUCUGUACUGUUCCGUCCAAGAGAAGAAAAGCUCUGACAGAGACUGAAAGUCCUCAAAAGAGGAAAAGCUCUGACAGAGACUGAAAGUCCUCAAAAGAGGAACAGGUCGGUUGGAUGUAAAUACUGGAUUUCAUGAAUGUCCAGUAUUCAAAGAUUCAAGAAAUACAUAUAUUAUGUGUUAAUCUUCUAAGGAUUCAAAUAUAUAUCAGAGGACUGAAGAAAUAUAUAUAUAAGGACACGAGAAAUAUAUGGACUGAAGAAGAUAUUCUGACUACACAAGAGAUAUAUGGACUGAAGAAGAUAUUCUGACUACACAAGAGUGUGUCCUUUUGAUGUGUCUGAACAGUGGAUCAGUCCGAGCUUCUCUACACACAUGUGAUCCAGAGAGCGUUUCAGCCACGAGGGACGGCUGCGUUCUGACCUGUUUUCUUUGUGACAUACCGUGAGUCGCCGACACAUAAAUAGAGACCCAGAAAAUACCCAGAGUCCCUAGCGUCCCGGCAGAAACAGCAGAGCGAGAAGCAACCACGCACAAACACACCUGGUUCAUGAGUCGAUACAUUCAAGACUUGCUUUGUGUCGUCACGUUUUCCACUUCAUCCUACUCCAGUAUAGGACAGACACCCCCCUUAACCCUCAAACUCUCACCUCUAACCCUUGACCUCUGACCCCUGAUCUCUGAACCCUGACUUGUGAACCCUGUCUCCUGACUAUGAGCCCUCAGGGGGGUCAGUACCUCAACAAGGCAGCGGUCUUCUCCUCGCUUGGCGCCGCCCGCCUCUCCCAGCUGGCCCUGGGCUGCUCAGUGGUCGCCAUGGUGAGCCACAGUGCGGGCUACAGCGAAGGGUCGUACGGCGUGUUCUGCAUGGCGGUGUGGUGCGCGUGCUUCGGCAUGACGACGGUGGUGUUCUUCCUGGACGCCACCCGUCUCCACGCCUGUCUGCCCGUCUCCUGGGAUAACCUGACGGUGGCAUUCGCCGCCCUGGCGACCCUCAUGUAUGUGACAGCCUCGGUGGUUUACCCAGUCUACUUUGUCAGAGCAGAGUGCCCCUACGGAGGCUGUGAGGUCCGGAACUUCCGCAUCGCCGUCACUGUCUGCUCCAUCGCCGGCUCCCUGGCCUACGGCGCCGAGGUGAUCCUCUCGCGAGCCAAACCAGGCCGGGUUGUGGGCUACAUGGCAACCGUCUCCGGCCUCCUCAAGGUCGUCCAGGGCUUCGUGGCGUGCAUUAUCUUCGGAGCGCUGGCGAACGGGACCGAGUAUUCUCGUCACGUAGCGACGAUUUACUGCGUGGUCGUCUACGCCGUCUGCUUCGCCAUGACGACCGUCGUGGUUAUAUUGACCGUGUCCGGUCGCACCGGGUGUCUGAAGUUACCGUUCGACCGGUUUGUUGUUGUUUACACGCUCUUGGCGGUUCUUCUCUACCUCAGCGCCUCCGUCGUCUGGCCCGUGUUCUGCUUCGACAGGAAGUACGGAUCGCCAGAGCGCCCGUCGUCAUGCCCGCGGGGCCGGUGUCCGUGGGAUAGUAAGGUGGUCGUUGCAGUGUUUAGCUUCGUCAACCUGGCGCUGUACCUCGCCGACCUGGUGUACUCACAACGGAUACGUUUCGUAACCCAGCAACCACGGGUGUAGAGCAGAAUGGGACAGAACAGAACAGAAUGGGAUACAACGUUAUUGUACAGCCAGAAGUGAACAUUCACACAAAGACAAUAUGCUUUGUCUUCCACCACCAACCACUGAUGAGGUGUAGAAUAGGAGGAGGAGUAACUACUGAGUCAGAGAGAAAGGGGCGUCGACUAUACAUCAAUCAAUCAAAUUUAUUUAUAAAGCCAUUUCUACAUCAGCUGAUGUCUCAAAGUGUUUAUACAGAAACUCAGCCUAAAACCCCAAACAGCAAGAUGCAGAUGUAGAAGCACAGUGGCUAGGAAGAACUCCCUAGAAAGGCAGGAACCUAGGAAGAGACCUAGAGAGGAACCAGGCCCUGAGGGGUCAGUCCUCUUCUGGCUGAACCUAGGAAGAGACCUAGAGAGGAACCAGACUCUGAGGGGUCAGUCCUCUUCUGGCUGAACCUAGGAAGAGACCUAGAGAGGAACCAGACUCUGAGGGGUCAGUCCUCUUCUGGCUGAACCUAGGAAGAAACCUAGAGAGGAACCAGACUCUGAGGGGUCAGUCCUCUUCUGGCUGAACCUAGGAAGAGACCUAGAGAGGAACCAGACUCUGAGGGGUCAGUCCUCUUCUGGCUGAACCUAGGAAGAGACCUAGAGAGGAACCAGACUCUGAGGGGUCAGUCCUCUUCUGGCUGUGCCGGGUGGAGAUUAUAACAGUACAAGGCCAUUAAGGCUUUUGAUUGAGUACAUCACCUACUUGCAUGAAUGUGUCACCCUCUUUUAAUGAUGGGCUAAUAUCUCACAACCAUGUAACCAUUGAGAUAUAAAAUAUUCUUAUUCAGUGUUUAUGCACAUAACAGCCAGCUAACCCUGCUACGACACCCCAUUCGGGUGACACUCAGUAACUGACCCCUCUCACACCACUCUAGAUAUGAUGUGGGAUGGAUGACAUCACUAAACAUGACAUCACUGACUAACACAAUUCCUCUCCUCUCCGUUUCCCCUCCUCUGACUAGCCUAACACACCCUACCAGACCAUUGGCAUCUCUAGCUAAAUCCCUAUUAUGCUGCCUCCCCCCCAACUCCCUGCCCCUCCAGCCCAGACUACCACCACUCUAUCUGGGGUGGAAGAUUUGAGAGAGUAGCUCUACUUCACCAACCCAUGACACACUCCACUCUCCGUUUCCCCAGUACCAGCCACCCCCUGCCCUCUACCCCCAGAAGCCCCCCUCUCUUCAUGGGGUGUGAGGGGAGAGCAGCCAGCUGGUUGGGGCUUCUCUGUCAGCAGAACCAGAAGGAGAGGAACAGCACGGAAUCUGACCAGCUCAUCACACUCUCACUGGGGUCCCCCACCCUCUCUCCGUCUCUCUCUCUUUCUCUCUGUCUCUUACUGUCUCCCUCUCUCUCUCUCUGUCUCUCUCUCUUUCUCUCUGUCUCUUACUGUCUCCCUCUCUCUCUCUCUCUCUCUCUCUCUCUCUCUCUCUCUCUCUUCUCUCCCUCUCUCUCUCUCUCUCUCUCUCUCUGUCUCUCUGUCUCUUACUGUCUCCCCCUCUCUCUCUCUCUAUGUCUCUUACUGCCCCCCUCUCUGUCUCUCUCUCUGUCUCUCUUUCUCCCCCUCUCUCUCUCUCUCUCUCUCUCUCUCCCUCUCUCUCUCUCUCUGUGUCUUUCUCUCUUCUUCCUUUCUUCCUCCUCUCCUCUCCUCUCCUCUCCUCUCCUCUCCUAUUAACCUCUCCUCUCCUCUUCUUUCUUCUCCUCUCCUUUCUUCCUCCUCUCUUCUCCUUUCUUCCUCCUCCUCUCCUUUCCU